AUGGAAUCAAUAUCCCCUAUCGCCCUGCGGAAAGUCACCCGCGAGUUAUAUGCGCUCGAGAACGAUCCUCCAGAGGGCAUUCGCCUGAUCCUGAAUGAGGACGCCAUGACCGACAUCCAAGCAUGGAUCCAGGGUCCAGAAGGAACCCCAUAUGAGGGUGGUUGCUUUCGACUGCGGAUCCAGCUCGGCACCGACUUUCCCAAUUCUGCACCAAAAUGUUUCUUCCUGACAAAGAUCUUUCACCCGAACGUAUCGAAUAAGGGCGACGUCUGUGUUAGUACGCUCAAGAAAGACUGGAAAAAAGAUCUUGGCAUACGACACAUUUUGCUGGUGGUCAAAUGUCUGCUGAUCGUACCGAAUCCAGAGUCCGCAUUGAACGAAGAAGCAGGACGGCAGCUACUGGAACGUUACGACGACUAUGCAAAGCAUGCAAGGCUGAUGACCAGUAUUCACGCCCAACCU